AUUUACGAUCAUUCUGUGACUUGUGUCGAAUUGAACUAGUACUAUAGAUUACUACAAGUGUAAUUUUUAAUCCUAAAAUGCCACCUCGAGAGGAUUGGAUAGAACAAGCGACGAAACGUGCUAACGAGAAAAAAAGUCACGUUAGUUUUCCGCAACUCAAGUAUCCGUCCUUAAGGGAUGAUUUCCUCAAGGACGCUAUCCGGUGGCUUAAAGGUAAAGCCCUGGAUGAUGGGGCCGAAGGGCUGUGGAGGGUUCACGACAAACUGUACGACUUCACGACCUUUAUGAAAAAACACCCAGGAGGGGAAGAGUGGCUUGAGCUGACCAAAGGAACAGAUAUAACGGAGGCCUUUGAAGCUCAUCACAUAAAUCCGACGACAGAAAAAAUGCUCAAUAAAUUUUAUAUUCGCGACGCAAAAACACCCCGUAAUUCCCCUUUCACGUUCAAAGAAGACGGGUUUUAUAGGACGCUAAAGAGGGCCGUGUUUGAGGAGCUGAAGAAUAUUCCCAAAGACGUGUCCCGGACCGCGGAUAGAAUAACGGAUGGGAUAUUUAUGACCCUUUUAUGUAGUUCGAUGCUGGCGUGCUACGUCGAGCAGUUUAGGGUUAUCUGGUAUGUGGUCGCGUCCGUCAGUCUCGCACUGCUGACUGUGGCCUGCCAUAACUACAUACAUCGAAGGACUAACUGGCGAAUGUAUCUGUUCAACUUGAGCAUGUGGAGUUACAGAGAUUUUCGAGUAUCCCACGUUCUCUCCCAUCAUCUCUACACCAACACGUUGAUGGACGCCGAAAUCAGUUUCCUAGAACCAUUCUUGUACUUCAACCCUAGGGCUGAUAAGCCCUUACACGGUAGACUGGGAUUCAUAACGGAGUUUGUCUGGUUCCCGCUAUUCUUCUUGAUGAGUUUUGUUAAAAGGUUCCUCAGCGUAUUUCUCCGAGGAGGGUUUUUGAGGGCGCAUUACCGCUGGCACGAUGCCAUCGGGUUUCUCCUGCCACUGUGGAUGUUGGUCACGAGCGCCGCCCCAGUCGGUCACGUGUUGACCACGUGGGCUCAGAUCAAUUGUACGGGGAGCUUGCUGUUCUAUCUGAUUGGGGUUAACGCAGCGCAUCACCACCCGGACGCGAUCAAAGAUGGCGAUCAACCGAGAAGCGAGACACCAGAUUUUGGCGAGCACCAAAUAGAGGCACUGCUCGAUCGCAAGGACAUCAACGGUAACACCUUCGCAGUGCUAACUCUCUUCGGCGACCACGCUCUCCACCACCUGUUUCCUACCCUUGACCACUCAGUACUAAAGUAUCUCCAUCCAGUUUUCCUGGAGCUGUGCAGGAAAUACCAGGCGAAUUACCGCGUGUCCACCCAGUUUGAAUUAGUGGUUGGACAGAUUAGAGAGACGAUGAGGACGAGUUUUAAGACAAUCGAAGUGAAAUAAUGUACGUUUGACUAAGGCUAGCCAUAGAUGGACCGCAUCUUGCAGUCGAAACCGACUGCAAAAUGCGGUCGCCACACGGCGAUCAGCAUACUACAUUCAUAGUAUCCGCAAUACACGGACCGCUCGAGCAGUUCUUGAGCGGUCGGUGCAAAUUUCAACGCGACCGCUCUAGAGCGGUCCCGACUGCAACUUGCGGUCCGUCUACGGCCAGUCUAAGGCAGGAAGAAUAAUAAUUGACAGCAGAUGAGUAUAGUUAGCUAAAGAUUUGUGUGCUUACAGAGCCCAAACAUAUUUUGACAUUUUGUAAUUACGUGUUCCAAGUUCGUAGUUGUCAAUUGUUCCUGCUAAUCAUUCAGCUUUAAUAUAAAAAUACAUAAAUUAUAAUAAUUGUGUCCAUCGAUCAAAAAUAUCCACAGCUAAACAUGCAAUCCCUAUUCCCAGAAACGCAUGAUUUUCAAGAUUUAAAAGUGACAGGAGACAUAAAAAUAUAGUAAGGUAA